AUGGCACCAAUAGCUGAAAUGUUGCCCCACAUUAUCCUGAAGUUGUGUAAUCCUCAAGCAUCACAUGCACAUGGGUUAAAUCCAAUGACGUGUAAGAGGAUGUCUGGGAUAUAUGAGAGCAGCCGUUCUGGAGACUGUGGACCUGUAGCGAUAGUGGAUGAUGCAAGGAAGAAGUAUGCCGUUGAUAUAUAUCAUGAGAUGGUUGUACCUCUAUAUCCUGUUAUGAAAGGUGAUGUUUGA